CAGCUGGACGGCAGCCCUUCUUCGCCACCACUCCAUCCAUGGUAAGUGAAACACAGCACGCACAGAGAGACAGACAGAAAGACAGACCUCCCUGCAUCUUGGAUGAAUGGACGGGUGCAUCUGUCUGUCUGUGUGUGCGAUGUGUUUAUGAAUGCGUUCAGGUCGCGUGUGACCCAUCAUGUCUACGACAGACACCCUGUGGCUCGGCCGCGACGGCAAGCCCAGCACCACUGAGCCCCCCUCUGGCGCCCAGACUCCCCUCGUCCACCGUGACAUCCCUCCGACCCCUGCGGUCAGCGCGUUGGUCAGGUCUCCUGGCCAACUGCUCCCCCGUGGUCGGUCUGCCGGCCAUGCCAGCCGACGCAUCAUCGGAUGCUGCGCCGCCGCCGCCGCCGAUCGAGGCCAAAGUGGAGGUGCUCGAAAUCGACGGAGAGAGGGUUGGCCAGGCGGCCCUGGCCAAGCGCACUGACGGGCUGGAGGACGAGGACCCCUUGUCGGUGAGUGUCGCCGACAAUGACGAAGACUCGUCUCAACCGCCAGAGGGCGACGCGCCGGAGGGCGCCGAAAAGAGGAGAGAGGGGACGAAAGAUACACAAGGGUCGGCUGCGGCAUCGUCAGCUCCCUUUGGCGAUCCCUCCACCCAGCGGAGGCAACAUCUUCGGUUUCUCGGGUGCGUUCGGCAAGGUGCCAGCCGCGCUACCUGAGAAGGCGGGCGGCAGAGGUGGC